AUGGAUUCCUACAUGCCAACAACCGACUCCGACACUACGCAACUGGAUUUACUUCUAGCACAUCUUGCUAAGGAAUUCAGCAGCGUUAUUCCCAUCCCAGAUCACCUUGUAGACGACUUCCGUCGCCUCCAAGAUGAAGGCCUUUCAGUAACAGACGGCAAACAGACUUCAUUUCCCCCUGUUACACUUGUAAGGGAAUCAACCAAUUCAACGGAUGCCCAUAAUAUUGUUCAAGAGCCAGCUACUGAACAGAUUCUCUGCGAUAAGGCCUUUAGGGCGUGCGCUAAGCGGGUGGUGGGGCUUAAAGAAUGGCAGAUCUGUGUUGAAGAAAACCUUACACGUAGUGAACACAGCCGCCAGGUGCUUCAAUAUGUCCUUGACAUCAUCAACUCCAUGCGCGAUGUGACAAAAUUGAUUCAAAAUCAGAGUGACUUCCUUAGUCAUAACGCUUCUGUGUUGCUCGCGGGGUGUGCUAAACUCGAGCGUGUCCAAGCGGAACUGCAGGAAAAUCUCCGCCACUUUUCCAACAUCGAUAAUCUGAACUUUGAGGCUAAGGAGGAAACGCUCAGUGCGACGUCGCCUCGCUUUUUUACUUUGUUUCAGGACCUUCAGAGUGAGAUACAGUUUCUGUAUGAGCAUCGCUCCUUCAAGUCCGCAUUGUCAUACGCGGCAAAGCUGACGGAAGCCCAACAGAGGGUUUUGAAUUGCCUUAAAGUUGUGCUAGAGAAUUCUUUUGCAGCUGCGCUACAGUGUGCUUUGAAAUCAGACGUGUACAAAGGGCUUGUUAUCGGCAUCAGCUUACCGAUCGACGUCGGCGCGCACCCUCCCCCACUUUCCAGCAGCAUGACAUCCAAAAUAUUAAAUAUUUCCGCUGAGGCUGAAGACAUGACCUUGAAGGACGGGGCUGAUGGUAUAGACAGCCUUCAUGCAGAGAAGACUUUGGAAGGUCAGCGAUCUAUGUCGUCCACAUUGUCAGUCCCCAAACCUUCAGCGCUUUUGUCUAGCAAUGUUUCAAUCACUCCACAGGGAAUCGUGAAUGCACUUGAAACUGGUCUGAGAUCCAUAAACCAACUGUACUUAGAUAGCCUUAAUGAGAAUGCCUUGCUUAGACGCAUGAUCGAAACGCAGAAAGGCUUUUGUUACGCUGGAGACCAAACGUUUGGCGGCGAGACACUCCAGCGUGUCGAAACUAAUUUUCAGCUGCAGGAGAUUCUAAAGGCAUAUCAAGAGUCACGAAUCGAACUUGUGAGCCCUCUUUUACAACAGUGUCUGAAGCUUUGCUGCCAUGUGGACACAACGGACGCGUCAUCCUUACUGGAAGAAACUCUACAGCGACUCACCUUUUUCGAGACACAGCCUGAAAAUUCUGUUUCUCUUUCGACGGCGGUGCCUCAUGACAUUACAAAAUUUAACUCCAAGAUGGUCGAUGGACGGCAUACUCUAGCGCAGAAUGUUUCCGUUUAUUCGCUACCACGGCUUGUUAGUUACAUUUGCGUUCUGUUGCAAGUAAUUAUACCACUUGAGCGCGACGUGCUAGAGUCAUUGUGGAUGCGGGAUGAUUUUAUAGCCUGGCUGUUUCCGAAAAUGGUGUCUGAGAUGGUUGAUGGACUGUACCGUCAGUUUCGCUCCCGACUGCUUCGGGUGGACAGCAUUACGGAGCUCUGUUAUACAGUGGAGUAUAUUCAAAAAAUUCUCACACAUCAGAGCAUGGAGAAUCCGCAGCUUCGAGAAUUAUCUGAGUUGUGGGUAAGUAUGGUCCAAGAUACCCAGGAACGCAUCGUUUUCCGCGCAGGAGACUGCCUACGCAAGGAAAUCGCGUGCGACCCACCUACCAAGGAGUUGGCAAAGCGCUAUGCAUUGGCCGGGGAAGAAGAAAAAGUCACUCCAGGCGUGACUGAACCAUCUCCUGAGUCUCUCUCUAAAGAGAUGUUUUAUUUACCCGGCAUGUUACAAUCCUUAGGCCUUCUCAAUCUUCUUUAUCCUGCAAUCGAGUUUUCUGUGUUUUCAGUCUUUGCCGAGGAAAUUAUUGACAGGUGUUUGAAGCUUGUUCAAGGAGUCGGAAAGCCAGUGCACAACUAUUGCGUGAGUGCCCCUGCGGAUGAGAGCUUGCCGUCCCUCAGGGAUUGGGGUGAGGUGAAAGCAUCGCUAUGCCAGCUUGCCCAUCUUCUUUAUCUCCGUCAGGAACUAGCCCAGAUUGACGCCAAAAUCGCGGUUGUGGAUAAGUCGCUGGAUUUCGCGAAGCUGGCCACGGAGCGUAAACUUGAGAUCACUCAGUCGUCGCGGGAGUCCAAGACAAAGGUAGACGCUGAAGUGCACACCUGUGCGACUCAAGUCUCUCGGGCUCUUCAGAAAACGGUAGCUCAGCCGCUGACCGGCGCCACACGAAUGUCUGCUGCUGCACGAGAAAAGGCACUAGAGAAUAUGGAACAGGCUGUCACGAGGGCUAAACAGCUAUUGAGUUGGUUUAUUUCAGGGGAUUUGAUCCUCUAUGAGAGACUUUUAGAAGGCUUGGAAGAAGGGGUAAGGGAGCUCAGGGAGGAGGUGGCCGAGCUACCGCCGCCAUCAGCCCCAUAG